AUGGAGCUAAUCAACUCAGUAAGGAUAUUUUCCAGCUUUGACAGAAAGACGCGGCAGCUGCUGGCAAGCAAACUUAGCUCGAUCUCCUUCAACGAUGGGCAAACCAUCGUCGAGCGAGGAAGCUUCUCAGACUCCGUCUUCUUCCUCAAGAGGGGACACACAAUCCUGAUGGAAUGCUCUGAGAAGGGGGAGAGCCGGCCUCGAUGGUGCUUCUGCCCGGGGGAUUGGUUCGGAGAGAUUGCCUUUGGUACUCAGAACAUCAGGAAGUGGACUGUGUUGUCCUCUGGAAGCUCUUCCUGCUCUGUUCUGACUUUCUCAGAUAUCUCUGAAUGUUUGGGAGCUCAAGGACUUGACGACAAGGUCAAGACCGGGACGUCCCUGAACCUUGUACAGAGACUGAGCUCAGCCGGCACAGUGUCGUAUGAGUGGUCGACAAAGGAUGCGAGGGAGUUGGAGGGUCAAGUGGCAAGACAUUCUGUCAUAGUGACCAUGGCAGCAGAGAUGUUCUCUCAAAGGGCGAUCAAAGACGCGAUCGGCAUCUUGUCCCAGACUCACGUCACUCUCCUCGACAUGGUGGUAGCAUGGGACGAGGUAGCAGUGAUAAGUCUCCUGAAGCAUCACCAGCCGCGCUUCCUGGUCCUUGAUACCAGCGUCAACCCUUCGCUUGCUCACAACGUGCUGUCCUGGACCGUGAACAACCGUGGUGCUCACGACAACAACCUUGGCGUCGUCGUGCUGAGCAGGGAGAUUAAGGACGAGGAUACAGAGGGAGGGAUCCAGUGGUUCGGAGAGCCGCCUUGCAUUCCCUUCCUCACGCUGUCGAAGCCAGUGGAGCCCGACGAUAUAGCGGCAGCGCUUCAAAGGAUCUCGCAAGGGUUUGUUUUGUCGAGCAAGGAUCAGAAGGAAAGGAGGGAGAAGAAGGGAUACAGAGAUAGGAGCCGUGUGGGCGAUUCCCGAGGGCACCUUCCCUCCGACAAGUCGUCGGUGGCGUCGUCGGAGACUUGGGAUGAUCUAAGAUCUGGAAAGGAGGAGGGAGGAAGCAACGACUCUGGUCCAGCCUUGAAAGUUCACCAGCAGCAGCUCUCUCUGGAAAACGUCGGGGAUGAGCACGACGAGGAGGACAGGAAACGUGGGAUAGAGAGAUCGAGAGCCGGAGGAGGAGGGAGAGGAGGAGGGCGAGAAGAAGCUGAGUCUCAGUUUCCAACGGCCAGUGACGUUCUGGGCAUGAACGAGUGGAACUCGCUGCUAGGAGGUCGGGCCCUGAUCAAGCAUCUCAAGAUCAAGAGGCCGUCAGUCGUUCUCAGUGCCGACGGCCUGAACACGUCCAGGGAGUGCUUUCAGGACUUUGAGAUGCUGAAGAGGUUGAAGAUGAACAGGAUGUCAGAUCUUGCAGGCCCCAAGAUUGAGCUGCUACAUGCCAUCACAGCAGACGUGCGUAAAGGCUUCUGGUCCUGCUGCGAUCGGAAGGAGAAGAACUCUCUCGGCUGCUGUACCUCCUCUCACACCUCCAACCAGAUCUGCGAUCGAUGCGGCCUAGAGUAUGAGCCCUUUGCAAGCCGAGCAGUCGCCGAACCUUUCCUCCCCUCCAAGACCAAGAGUCUUCCUCUGACCCCCUCCAAGGCAGCCCCUUCAGAAGCCGGAGCAGGAUCAUGGUCUAAGGUGGGGACGGCGUUAGGAGGAGCGGGAGAAGGGGGUGGAGGAGUAGCAGGAGCGGGAACAGGAGUUGACAAUCACUUCAUUCAUCGGGAUUUCAGCUACGAGGAUGACAUCUCCACCAUCACUUCAGCUCGCUCCUCCUCAACCAUCCCCCCAGCAGAUGCCUGGAGCGCCAAGAUCUCCUCCCUCAACAGCCCGCAAACUUCCCACCUGCCCGUCAUGCGCCGCCACCCCAUCACCCGGAGCGUUCCGCCCGCCUGCAACUUCCACCCUGGGCCUCUGCUGGAGUCUACCUGGGGGGGAGUGAUGUGGGGCUGCUGCGGCCAGCCCGGCUACAGCACGAGGCGGGGGCCAAAGCCAAAGGCGUCUGAGAUCUUGGAGCGGUCGUCCCUCCUGACUUUCCAGAGCAUCAGCUCGGUGCGAGCUGGGGGCUCGUGGGGCUGCUGCUUCGCAAGGCAGCAUGUCACGAGGAGACAAGAGGAGGAGGAGGAGAGGAAGGAAGAGGAGAGGAAGGGGAACAGGAGCGCCGGGGCCACGGAGCGGACAGAGCAGGGCAGGGAGAGCAAGGGAGCAAAGAGAAGACUCGAUAUGGGGGAGGAAUUUGCGGCGGCGUCAGCGGCGGCGGCAACAGCAACAGCAACAGCAGCAGCAGCAGCAACAGCAGCAGCAGCAGCAGCAGCAACAGCAACAGCAACAGGCGUCAAGAUCGUCAAUCCUGGGACUUGCAGAGGGUGUCUGGAGAGGAAGGAGCAGUUUCCUGGAAAGUUCUCGUUCCUUGAGAUCCUUGCACAGUUCAGGCAAGGGUUCUCCAUUGUAACCUGCUCAGUCUGCGAGCAGACAAGCUCCACCAUGGACGUUUUGUCAAGUUUCGAUGCUGUCAAACGCUGCACGCGGUGCCGAGCUGUCUUCGUGGAGCCUCCGCCUGAUCAGCUUGACACUGUUGACCUCAAGCUCAUCGAGUCGCUCCGCCACCGAUCGUUCCAGGUGGCGACGAUGCAGGAGGAGGAGGAGGAGGAGGAGGAGGAGGAGAAGCAGCAGCAGCAGCAGCAGCAGCAGCAGCAGCAGCAGCAGCAGCAGCAGCAGCAGCAGCAGCAGCAGCAGCAGCAGCAGCAGCAGCAGCAGCAGCAGCAGCAGCAGCAGCAGCAGCAGCAGCAGCAGCAGCAGCAGCAGCAGCAGCAGCAGCAGCAGCAGCAGCAGCAGCAGCAGCAGCAGCAGCAGCAGCAGCAGCAGCAGCAGCAGCAGCAGCAGCAGCAGCAGCAGCAGGAUAUGGGGAAUAAGGGAGUAAGAUGGAAAGAGAGGAACGCGAGGGUAGGAAAUGUGUGGGAAGGAGUUAGGAGGGAUGCAAGGAAAGUGGUUUUCUUUCAGCAGUCAACCCCGACGAAGCUUGUCCUUCACACGACCAGCAUUGAAGAGUUUGCAGCAGCUCCUAGCAAGCUAAAGUUGUUCGGGAAAGCUGAUGGGGGACAGGGAGAGCUGCUGGGGGAGUUUGUGUAUCAAGAGGUCAAGAAGAUUGUAACGUACAUGGACAGCUUCGAUAAAAGGUGUUGUAUGUUGUCGAAGCUAUGA